CCAUGGCAGCGGCGGCGGCCCUGCGGGGGCGGCAGCGGGAAGAGCCCCGCGCCCUCCGCCGGGCGGUGAGGCUGCUGCAGCGCCUGGAAGAGCGGUGCGGGGACCCCCGGCUCUCCUCGAGCCCCCCCUCUCUGCGGGACCUGCUGCCCCGCACCGCGCAGCUACUGCGGGACGUGGCCCAGGCCCGGAGGGCGGCCGGCGGAGGCGGCCCCGAGGGUCCCGGGGGCGCGGGGGACUUCCUCGUCGUCUACCUGGCCAACCUGGAGGCCAAGAGCAGGCAGGUGGCGGAACUGCUGCCACCCCGGGGCGGGAGGAGCGCCAACGACGAGCUCUUCCGGGAGGGCUCCAGACUCAGGCGACAGCUGGCCAAGCUGGCCCUCAUCUUCAGCCACAUGCACGCGGAGCUGGGCGCGCUCUUCCCCCAGGGAAAGUACUGCGGACACACGUACCAGCUCAUCAAGGCGCCAGCCCACGCCUUCUGGAGGGAGCGCUGCGGGGCCCGGUGUGUGCUGCCCUGGGCCGAGUUUGAGUCCCUCUUGUCUACCUGCCACCCUGUGGAGUCAGGCGCCACUGCCCUGGCCUUGCGCUCCACCAUCGACCUCACCUGCAGUGGCCACGUGUCCAUCUUCGAGUUUGAUGUCUUCACCAGGCUCUUUCAGCCGUGGCCAACACUCCUCAAGAACUGGCAGCUCCUGGCUGUCAACCACCCGGGCUACAUGGCCUUCCUCACGUAUGACGAGGUCCGAGCGCGCCUGCAGGCCUGCAGAGACAAGCCAGGCAGCUACAUAUUUCGGCCCAGCUGCACUCGCCUGGGGCAGUGGGCCAUCGGAUACGUGAGCUCAGAUGGCAGCAUCCUGCAGACCAUCCCUCCUAACCAACCGCUGUUCAAGGCCCUCCUGGAAGGGCAAAAGGAAGGCUUCUACCUCUACCCUGAUGGGAAGAACCACAAUCCAAACCUGACAGAACUCUGCCAGAUGGAACCCCAUCAGCGCAUCCAAGUGUCGGAGGAGCAGCUGCAGCUGUACUGGGCCAUGGACUCCACGUUCGAGCUCUGUAAGAUCUGCGCCGAGAGCAACAAAGAUGUGAAGAUCGAGCCAUGUGGGCAUCUGCUAUGUAGCCGCUGCCUGGCCGCCUGGCAGCACUCGGACAGCCAGACUUGCCCCUUCUGCCGCAGCGAGAUCAAGGGCCGGGAGGCUGUGAGCAUCCACCAAUUCCCAGGGAAGCCGGAGGAAGCCAGGGCCGCUGCUGAGGACCCGAGGGACGGCAGUGACCAGGAAGAUGGGGAGGAGGAGCUGGAACAGGUGGCCUCCUUAGCUCCCCCACUGCCCCCUCGGCUAGAUCUGUCCCCCAGGAGACCCAGAGAUGAAGGCCAGCCGAAGGUGGCACCUCUGGCCCUCCCCAGACUCCGGGCUCCUCUUGCCUUGCCAAGAUUUAGGACUGUGGCCUCGGCCCUGUGGGAAAGUACCUCCAGCCCCCAGGCCAGGGAGGGAGCCACAGAAGACUCCUAAAGGGAAAGUCACCCCUUCAGCUGCCCCUGUGGGGCCCGUGAUCGCUGCCCAGGCCCGGAGGCCAGGGCACCAAGAUGUGCUGCUAAAGGGAGCCCCAGGGGCUGGAAGGGGUUUGUGGAGCAGAAAUAAACUGCCAAGCCUGGUCUGUCCUCUGGUGUGUGGAGAAAGGGGACAGUGGCCACCAGGGGGCAGCUUGGCAUCGGGAAUGGGCAUCCUGGAGACCUGAUUAACCCAGAGGCCUGGGGGUCAGAGAGCCAAGAGUGGGGACCCAGCUCCUUCGGAUCCAGAGUCCAGGCCCCCAGACGCCUCCUCUCUCAGAUCCAAAAGUCCCACCUUCUGGGCUUAGGAGUCCAGAGUCCCAAGCUCUCAGAGAAUCAGGCAUCCAACAACCUCUCCCCAUCAUGGCAAAAAUAUUCUUGGACUCAGACCCAGGUAUCCAAGUUCUAAGUCCCCCGGUCAAAGAGUCCCCACAUUUCCUUGAGGGUUAGGUGCCCAGUCUUGCCAUACUCUGCUCUCGUCCCUCUCUCUCUCCUCCAUUCCUCUCUGGGAUCUUCUCCCAGAGUGAUGGUGACUUCCAGUCAAAAUCAAGCGAGAAAGUGUCUCCCCACCUCCUCGCUAAUCCCAGAGGGACCCAAGCCUCCCUCCACUUGAUUUAAACCAGUUGGCAUCCCUUAGGCCCCCUGUGCCCUGGGCUGGGCAACGCUAGGCAUUUGGUAGUGAUCACUGCCCUCGUGGGGCUCACAGUCCAGUGCAGGAGACAGACCUGUCCCCAGACAGUGACAAUCCAGAGUGGGCAGAGCUGGGAUGGGGGACCCCAGGGGGCUGCUGGAGCGCAGAGCGGGCAGUUGACCCAGGCUGAGAGGUCAGGGAGGGCUUCCCGGAGGAGGGGAUGUGCAGGCUGAGACUGAAGAGGUAAGGAAAGGUAAAUGGAGCAUGGAAGCAUGCAUCACAGAUUUAGUUCCAAGCAACAGAAGCCGCCCCUGGGGCAAAAAGGAAAUUGAUUGAGAAGGUUUGGGAUCGCUCAUAAAAUCCCAGGAGUGAUUAGAGAACCAGGAUUGGAAAGUGAUCAAGAGCGCUGGCAGCCAGCCUCCAACCACAGCCCAGCCACGAUCACGCCACAGAACCGGUCUGAUGAGGAUACGCUGGUGCUCCGAUGACCACUGGACACUCGUUGUCUUGCUGCCUCGGCUACCCCAGAAACAGGCUGUGUCUGCUAGCUGUUGCUCCAACAAAUCCCACCAAGACUUAUUGGGGAACAACAGCAAUCAUGUUAAUAUCCCUCGUGGUUGCUGGGGGCCAGGAUUUGGGGAAGGGCUCAGUUGGGUGGUUCUGGCUCAGGGUGCAAUCAAAUAGUGUGAUCAAGUGGUCCUUGGAGCUGGGCAGCUGGGGGCAGGACAGGUGUCCCUCUGCAGACCUCUCCGUAGGGUCUCCACACUUGCUGAUUUGGGCUUCCCCACAGUGUGGCUGCCUCAAGGUAGUCAGACUGCUUAGAUGGUGGCUGAAGUCUUUUUGGAGAGAAUUCCCAUGACCUAGACAGAAGCUACAUGGAUUUUUCUACCUAAUCUGGGGAGUCAUGCAGUGUCACUUCUGCCACGUUGGUUACAUGCGAGUCACAAAACCGCACAGAUUUAAGAGGAGGAGACAUAGACCCCACCUCUUGGGGGAAAGAGUGUCACGAUCAGAUUGCAGAAGAGCCUGUGGAAUGAGAGAUCUUGUAGCUGUCAUCUUGGGAAAAUAGAAUGCAUCCCGGCUGCUAUAGUGGGAACAGAUUAGCCAGUUCUUGCUUCUUUGGGAUUAUUAGCUCCCAGUUCCAAAGUAUAGCAGAAUUGGCCAAGCGUAGGUCACCUUAGCUCCAACAGAGGCAGGAAAGCAAACAUCUGUCCUUGUUGGCUUCAACAGAGGGCAGCAGGCUUUCAGACACCAGGGAUGUUUCUAAAUGUGGGAAAGGCGCGUGGAUGCUACCUUACCCUCCCCCGCAAAAAAGGCUGCUCCGGUCCUCCCCUUUGAAUGCUCAACAUCAGUACAUAUCUUUGUCCUAUACUACAUUCUUUUCCCCCAAAAGUUCUUAUCUAAACUCUCCCUGCACAACUAACUGGUAAACCAAAAAUGCAUUCACACCGCCCCCCAAGACAACACAAAGUCUCAACGGUUACAUUUUCCAGAUGUAAGUCUGGAACCAUUGGGAAAUAGCCAGUCCCCUCGAGAUGUGUCGCGAGCCCCAUAUCCCACACGCUGUGAACUAGCUUUAAAGUGAACCGUCACACGCUGUAUGUAAAACAAUGGGAUGCAGGUGGGGAAAGAGGAGGCUUGUUAAUGGAAACGUACAAGGAUAUACACAGGAGACAGCAAGGAUGGAAUUGGAGAGUUCAUUCAUUUCCUUUUUACUCAGCUCCUCCUAUGCCAAGCACUGUUCUAGGCACUGGAGAUACAGUGAACAAAACCACAGAGCUUAGCUUCUGUGCCAGACAAACAAUAAAAAAUAGAUCUGUGGCAGUGGUAAGUGCUGCAGAGGAAAAACGUAGUAAGAUAAGGGAAAUGAGGCGUGGCUGGGAUGGUCAAAGAAAGCUCUGAUGAUGUGAUGUUGGGGUAGAGAUUUGAAGCAAGGGAGGGAGGGAGAUUCCCAGCAGAGAGGAGAGGAAGCGCAAAGGCCUGGAGGCUGGAACAGGCCUGGCAUUGGAGGAACAGCAUGGAAGCAAAGAGACCAAUGUGGCAAGAGUAGAGCUAUCGAAGGGGAAGAGAGGAAGAUGGGGUCAGGGCGGUGACGAGGACCACAUGGAGGACCUUGUGAGCCGUGAAGAGGAUUUCGCUUUUAC